AUGGCGGCCGUUUCCAAGGCGGCACAAUGGGCGCCUAGAUGGCGAGUCGUCCAGCAACCAAACAUGAACGCACCGAAAUUGCCGUCGGCCCUGCAAGCUGCACGGCGCGAAUCGCCGUUUUCCAACAUCAAGUCACCCGAGAACUUGUGGGCAAAGCCGUCGAGGCAUUUUUCCAUCCACCAGAAACCAAGCCGGCAACAGGGCGACAAGGCGCCGUCCGGAGAGCACGGCGGCCACGGCAACGGCACCGAGUUGCCGGCAUUCAGCCUACACGGUCUCGGUAUCAGCAGAAACAUGAAGCUGGCCCUCGUUGGCAUCCUUGGCAUCUUUGGCGCCAUGGAGACGUGCAUGUACGGCAAGUGGAUUUGGCAAUGGUGCAAGGGCCAAGCCGACGAUGAGCAGAUGAGCAAGCCCGUCAUAGGUCGCUGA